GGGCUGGCUCCGAUUGGCUGGGGUACAGCAGGUGCCUCGUCCGGAUUGAUCAAAGCCAGGUGGGCGGGGCCGUCGCCCAGGGCGACUCUCCCGGGAGGCGCGUGCCCCAGCUCAGUAGCACUGGGGCUGGCGCGCGCAGCGAAUCUUAACGCUGCGCCGUCUGUGGACGCUUCCGGGCCACCGGUUUCCCUGCCUUCCACCCUGGCGCCCCCCAGCCCUGGCUCCCCGGCUGCCCUGCCCCGGGCGUCCACGCCCUGCGGGCUCAGCGGAUUCAGCGGGCUCAAUCUGCGCAGCACCUCCUCCAUGUUGACCAAGCCUCUGCAGGGGCUCCCCGCGCCCCCGGUGACCCCCACGCCGCCGCCAGGAGGCAAGGAUCGGGAAGCGUUCGAGGCCGAGUACCGACUUGGCCCCCUCCUGGGUAAGGGGGGAUUUGGCACGGUCUUCGCGGGACAUCGCGUCACAGAUCGACUCCAGGUGGCCAUCAAAGUGAUCCCACGGAAUCGUGUGUUGGGCUGGUCCUCCUUGUCUGACUCAGUCUCGUGCCCACUCGAAGUGGCACUGCUCUGGAAGGUGUGUGCAGGUGGUGGGCACCCUGGUGUCAUCCGCCUGCUCGACUGGUUUGAGACACCUGAGGGCUUCAUGCUGGUCCUCGAGCGGCCUCUGCCGGCCCAGGAUCUCUUUGACUACAUCACAGAGAAGGGCCCGCUGGGGGAAGGCCGAAGCCGCAGCUUCUUUGGCCAGGUGGUGGCAGCUGUCCAACACUGCCACGCCCGUGGAGUCGUCCACCGGGACAUCAAGGACGAGAACAUCCUGAUAGACCUACGCCGGGGCUGCGCCAAGCUCAUCGAUUUUGGUUCGGGUGCCCUGCUUCAUGAUGAACCUUACACUGACUUUGACGGGACAAGGGUGUACAGCCCGCCGGAGUGGAUCUCCCGACACCAGUACCACGCACUCCCAGCCACUGUCUGGUCCCUGGGCAUCCUCCUUUAUGACAUGGUGUGUGGGGACAUUCCCUUCGAGAGGGACCAGGAGAUUUUGGAGGCUGAACUCCAUUUCCCGGGCCAUGUCUCCCCAGACUGCUGUGCCCUGAUCCGCCGGUGCCUGGCCCCUAAACCCUCUUCCCGACCGUCACUGGAGGAGAUCCUGCUGGACCCCUGGAUGCAAACACCAGCUGAAGAUGCACCCCUCAACCCCCCCAAAGGAGGUCCCACCCCCUUGGCCUGGUCCCUGCUGCCCUAGUCCUGGCCAGGCCCCCCUAGUGAUCAUAAUAGCCAUCCCAUGGCCAUGCCACAGGGAUAGACGGACAUCUGUUGACCUGGUUUUACAGGUCACUAACAAUCCAGUGUUACUAAGGUCGGGGGGAUGGGGGGGUCUCCGGGGUCAGAAGACAAGCCAGGUCUGCCCAGUCCCCAUCCCAGUCCUGUGAAGGAGCCUUUCUCCCAGGACCUGUGGCCCCUUGUUCUGAAAUUCACUCCAUUCUGAGGCCUAAGACUCUUCAUUCUACUGAGUUGUCAGCCCCGUACGGGUACCUCCUGUGACCACCACACACACUUGGUUCAGAUGCUCUUACGUGGGCGAAGGGUGCUUUCCUGUCAGUGCCCCAGCAGCUCUGAAGUUAGCAAAGGGACCCUUUCCCCAGCCUGGGGUCCUCUGUUGGGUCAAGCUGCUCACCUACCUCAGCCCAGGAUUUCUGAUUCUGGGGGAGGUAAUGCCCAAUUGUUAUCCCAGGGCGCGUGCGCUCUCUCUUUCUCUCUCUGUUUUGUUUGGUUUUGGUUUUGGUUUUGGUGAUGGGACCCUACUUUGUUAUCCCAAGUGCUCUUAUUCUGGUGAGAACAACCUACUCCCAUGAUCUGGGAAGGAAGGCAGAUGGACACCACCGGCCACCACCAGACAUUAGGACGGCACAGUUGGUUUCUUGGGAGAUGGGCUGGGGAAAUGAGUUGUGCUGAGUGUUCUCUUUGGGGCACCCUCUCCACCUUUUGCCUCCUCCUGAGCCAGGAUUAUCCAGUUGCUAAAAUGUAAAUACUUAUGUAUUGGGCGGUGGGGAGUUGCAAGUGUGCCCUCUUCUCCCUUCUCCCCCUGCCUGGAUUAUUUAAAAAGCCAUGUGUGGAAACUCACUAUUUAAUAAAAGUAAUA